AUGGUAAACCGAAAAUGGAUUUUCGUGUUCAUUCAACUCUUGUUAAUCGCCUCCGUUCGUGCUGAUGACGAAGAUUUUGGUGACGAAGCAGAAGAUAUCGCUAUAGUUAGCGACCAGGAAAAGUUCGUUCCAUCGUUGUUUGUGGCUCCAAAACUGAGCGAAAAGUCGACCCCUAACUUCUUCGAUUACUUCCCAGUUGGAGCGAGAAUCGGCCAAACUUGGAUUAAGAGUCUGGCCAAGAAGGACGGCGUCGAUUCUGACAUUGCCAAGUACAACGGAGAAUGGAGCAUUGGGGCACCAUCCAAAGUGGCGAUUGAAGGAGAUCUCGGACUUAUUGUGAAGACAAAGGUGAGCACUGCACUUCUUAUUUCAAUGAAUACGGCCUCUACGUUUUCUCAACAAAAGCGGAAAUAUCUUGUGCUUUCCACUUCUGCUAAUGAGGUCCAUAUGACCUAGACCACACUUCACCCUUUUCACUUCAAUCCACGAGUGAAGAGGAUUUAUCGUUGGCUGAAUGAACGAUAACUCACUUGCAAACAAAAUUUUAACGCUUUAUUUUAUUUUGUGUGAUUUCGUAUUUCAGGCACGUCAUCACGCAAUCGCAGCCAAGCUUGAUACUCCGUUCAAGUUCGACUCCGACAAGUUUGUCGUGCAAUAUGAUGUCAAAUUCCAAGAAGGACAAGAGUGUGGAGGCGGAUACCUGAAACUGUUGAGCGAGGGCGCCGAGAAGGAUCUGGCCAAUUUCCAGGACAAGACCCCGUACACCAUCAUGUUCGGCCCGGACAAGUGUGGAGCCACCGGACAACUGCAUCUCAUCUUCCGCUACCGCAAUCCAGUGAACGGAACUAUCUCGGAGUACCACGCAAAGCAGCCGACGACUAUUGGUACCACGUACUGGGAUGAUCACAAUACUCACAUGUACACUCUUGUUGUGAAAUCAACCGGGGAGUACACUGUCAGCGCUGACGGAAAGAGUCUGUACUACGGAAACAUGCUCUCGGUGAGUGGUGGAAUCACCAAUAGCUUUCACACUUUUCGUAUUUCAGGACGUCUCGCCAUCGCUGACUCCACCAAAGGAAAUUCACGAUGAAACCGAUCUGAAGCCAGAGGACUGGGACGAGCGCGAACAAAUUGACGAUGAGACCGCUGUGAAACCAGAAGAUUGGGACGAGAAUGAGCCGCAGAGCAUUGUGGACGAAUCCGCCACGAAGCCGUCCGAUUGGAAUGAAGAUGAGCACGAACUUAUUCCAGACCCGGAGGCACAAAAACCAGCUGAUUGGGAUGAGGAUAUGGAUGGAACGUGGGAAGCUCCACUCAUCGACAACCCAGUUUGCAAAGGACUCAGCGGAUGUGGUCAAUGGAGCGCACCGACCAUCAAGAAUCCAAAGUACAGAGUAAGUAAAUCGAUGAAAAGUUUUCUCAUGUUAACCGGGCCAUUCUUCUUUUUUCUUCACGGCACCCUAACUUGGAAAUAGGAAAUUUAUUCGCGCGUGAUACCUUACCGUAUUUUCCGUCCUGAUUAGCUUUUCAAAUCAACUGAAAAACGGUUUUUCCAGCCGUUCUAGGUCAAAUCUUGUGAAUUUGAAAAUUGUUUAGAUUUUCCAAGCUCUGACCGACUACGGGUGGAAAAAUCGACUCCCCGUCGGUUUUGAAAGCUAUUCAGAGAUGAAAAAACGUGAGGGCGACACGUGCGACUAAAAUUCCAAUUUCCAACAUAGGGUGCCGUGAUAUGAACUGAAAGUGCGGAUACUUCUGGUUCAUUGAAGAAUGGCCUAUAUGAUCUAGACCGACCACUUCACCCUUUUCGCUUCAAUCCACGGGCGACGAGGAUUUACCGUUGGUACAAUUCCUAAAACAUCAAUACUCAUCUAUUGCUUCAUUUUGAUCAACAAUUUGGUAAUUGUAGGGAAAGUGGGUCCGUCCGAAGAUUGCCAACCCGGCCUUCAAAGGAAAAUGGGCUCCGAGACUCAUCGACAAUCCAAACUACUUCGAGCCGAAGCCAUUCGCUGGCCUUGCUCCAAUCACUGCUGUCGGAAUAGAACUGUGGACGAUGAGCGAGAACAUUCUGUUCGGUUGGUCACCAUUUCACUGAAUUUAACUGAAUCAAUGUCUUUCUUUCAGAUAACAUUCUGAUCACCUCUUCCGAAGAGGACGCAUCGGACAUUGCCAAGCAAACUUUCUUCAUAAAACAGACGGAAGAGUACCGAUUGGCUGCCGCUUCUGGAAGCGUUUCUGGAUUCCUUCAGCAGAUCAUCGACGCGACGAACGAGAAACCGUGGCUAUGGGCUGUCUACAUUCUCUGUGUUCUCCUUCCGGUCAUCGCCAUCGGCGUUUUCUGUUUCGGAAAACAGUCAAAGGCGACUCCAAACUUUGCAAAGAAGACCGACGCAUACUCCCAAGACGACGAUCAUGUCCCGAACUUGGUAGAUGACGACGAGGAGGAGGUGAUUGAGGAAGAGGAGGAAUACGACCAGCCAGGAACAUCAGGCACUCAGAAUCAACCACUCAUCGAUGAUAACGAGGAGGAAAAACAGCCAGGAUCAGCUUCGUCCAAAAGCGAGGCUUCUGCUUCAUCGAGUGCCGCGGAAGAGGAGGAAGAGCCGCAUGUGGUGCACGAGAACGAGCCAGUUGUGCCAACUGAAGAGCUCGCCAGAAAGAGCCCAAAGAGCAACGCAGGCGGAGCUAAACGCCGUACCGCUCGCCGAGGAGAUUAA